AAUACAAAUUCAAAGCAUAAAGAUGUGCUCGCCUUGAUGUUCUCUCUCCCACUUCUUCCACACUCUCUCCUCUCCUCACACCUCCAGCAAGUCCUUACUUUUCUUCAUGGUCUUCAUGAAUUGUAAACUUCAUAAGCUUUUAGACCCAUAUUUUUUGAAAGUUAUCAUUUCCUUUUGUUUUUAGUCAAAGUACUUCUCCAUAACAAGCCAAACUGCUCUCUGUCAAAUCAAAUUUGGCUUAUUUAUGCCUCUCACUGGACUGGGUUUUCACAUUCGACGCCUGCCUAUGCAAUAAACUUUCUAUGGAAAGUGGGUUUUCCCUGUUAGCUUCAGCUCCAUUUCCAGGAUAAGGCAUUCGGAGUUCAAUCUUCUACUUCAUUGGUACCAUGACUGUACCUUCUUUUCCUAGAGAAGCAUCCAAUUACGAUGAGGUCUCAAUGCAGCAAAGCUUGCUCUUUGCUGAUAGUCUCAAGGAUUUGAAAAAUCUGAGAACACAAUUAUACUCGGCAGCGGAAUAUUUUGAAUUGUCUUACAAUAACGAUGAUCAGAAACAGAUGGUCGUAGAAACAUUGAAAGACUAUGCUAUCAAAGCUCUUGUGAACACUGUGGACCACUUGGGAUCUGUGACUUACAAGGUUAAUGAUCUCUUGGAUGAAAAGGUUGAUGAAGUCUCCGGAACAGAACUUCGAGUCUCUUGUAUUGAGCAGAGACUACGAACGUGCCAGGAGUAUAUUGAUCAUGAGGGCCUGUCACAGCAAUCACUGGUGAUUAAUACUCCAAAGUACCACAAGCGGUACAUCUUGCCAGUUGGGGAGACCAUGCAUGGUGCCAAUCGUACUAAGUUGAAAUACCAAGGUUGCAGCCUAGACGAUGAAGAUGACUGGCAUCAAUUUAGAAAUGCUGUUCGAGCUACAAUCCAGGAAACGCCAACAUCAACAUCUGUUGGAAGAGGGCGUACCCCAUCACCUUCUGUACAUCCUCCUCGACGAGCUGCUCCACCACAGCGUUCCGCCACUUUUUCCUUUACAUCCACCAUGGCAAGAAAAGAACUAGACAAGCGUACUGUUUCACCUCAUCGGUUUCCACUUUUACGUUCUGGAUCUGUCUCGAGUAGGCCAAAAACUCCAAAUUCUAGCAGGCCGACCAUGCCAAAUAUGUCUAAUGCAAAAAAACGGUAUCCUUCAGAGCCCCGGAAGUCAGCUUCAAUGCGAAUCCAGGCUGAAAGGGAAAGCCCCAAAGAAAGCGAUCAAAUUCCGAGCAAAAGUAAACGCCUUCUCAAAGCAUUGCUUAGCCGACGUAAAUCAAAGAAGGAUGACACGUUAUAUACUUACUUGGAUGAAUACUAAGGAAAAUUAAAACAUUGCAGGAAGGGUAAAGGAAAAGGAGUCAAGUUUGCAGCAAAUAUCUGUAGAGUUGGGACAUCAUUUUUCACUCUUUUUUUUCUUUGAUUCUCAAUUAUUAUUUCGUACUUCUUUAUAUUUGUUUCCUCUGCAAUAGGUGUCAUGGUGCGUCAAUAUAUUUCUUUGCAUGUCUUACAUAACCUGCCUACCAAUAUGGAGUUGAUAGGGAGUGCUUA